AUGAAUCUGUUUGACGCAGAAGACGACAGCUUCCACGUCGCACGUGAAUGCUACCCCCAUCUGAGUGACUCGGAAUGGGAGAUAGUCGGCCACAUUAGUGUGCUCAUGGGCGAACCCACCAUAAGUGGAAUGCUGGAGUCUCUAAGCAGAGACCAGCAACAUGCUGCUAUCAACAAGUCCUUACAAGGGGAACUUGUCGUCAAAUGA